AUGGGCUCAGACGGCGCUCUGUCAGCUGAGGAGCAGAUGUUCAUUCUGUAUGAAAUCAAACUGCAGUGCCACCAGAACCUCUCCAACAGAGAACUGGAAACCCCCGAAGAGGUGUGCCCUCCUGGCUGGGACGGUCUCAUCUGCUGGCCUCAAGGCUACCCUGGGGGGGUCACCAAGGUUCCCUGUCCUGCGUACAUCUACGACUUCAAUCACAAAGGCCAUGCAUACAGAAAGUGUGAUGUCAAUGGUUCAUGGGUGUUUUUGGACAGCUGGAACAAGACAUGGGCCAACUACUCUGAAUGUCUGCGCUUCCUCCAGCCCACCAAUGAGGAAGGGAGACAGGACUUCUUUGAGCGGCUGUAUGUCAUGUAUACCACCGGUUACGCUGUUUCCUUCAGUUCUCUGCUAGUGGCCAUCUUCAUCAUCGGAUACUUCAGGCGUCUUCACUGCACCAGAAACUACAUCCACAUGCACCUGUUUGUGUCCUUCAUGCUGCGGGCCGUCAGCAUCUUUGUGAAGGACAAAGUCGUCCACGCCAGCGCCGGCUUGCAGGACUUUGAUUCAGUCCUGCUGGACAACUUUAAAACCGUUACCAUGGCACCGCUGGACAAGUCUCAGUAUAUUGGCUGCAAGGUAACGGUGCUGCUCUUCAUCUAUUUUCUGGCCACUAACUACUACUGGAUCCUGGUGGAGGGCCUCUACCUCCACAGCCUCAUCUUCAUGGCCUUUCUCUCAGACUCCAAAUACCUGUGGGGAUUCACACUCAUCGGAUGGGGUGUUCCAGCUGUCUUUGUGGCAGCGUGGGCAGUUGUCAGGGCAACACUGGCAGAUGCAAGGUGUUGGGAGCUGAGUGCAGGUAACAUUAAGUGGAUCUACCAGGUUCCCAUCCUGACAGCUAUUGGGUUGAACUUCAUCUUGUUUGUGAACAUCGUACGAGUGUUGGCCACCAAAAUCCGAGAGACAAAUGCAGGAAGAUACGACACCAGGAAACAAUACAGGAAACUGGCCAAGUCGACCCUGGUGCUGGUUCUGGUGUUUGGCAUCCACUACAUCAUCUUUGUGGGGAUGCCACAUACGUUCAAGGGACCGAGCUGGGAGAUGCGCAUGUACUGUGAGCUGUUUUUCAACUCUUUCCAGGGUUUCUUUGUGUCCAUCAUCUAUUGCUACUGCAACGGAGAGGUCCAGACAGAGAUCAAGAAAACAUGGACACGCUGGAACCUGGCCUUCGACUGGGAGGACCGAGUGAUCUGCGGCCGCUGCCGUUACGGCUCCGUUCUCACUGGCCUCAACAACAGCACCAGCAGCCAGUCCCACCUGGCUGGGGGUGGGCCCUCCACCCGCUCCACCACGUUAGUGUCCAGCCGCAUUUACCGAAGCACAGCGCCCACCUUGGUCAGCAUGCACGCCGCCCUCCCAGGUUACGUCAUCAGUAACUCUGACCCAGACAGCCUCCACCCGUCCAUACCAGAGGAACCAGAGGACAGUGGACCCAAGCAGGUGGACGAGAUCUCCCUGAAGGAAACGCUGCCCGUUCUCAACAGCAGUGCCACAGCGGAGGAUGAGGAGGAAACACUGUAG